CUUCAGUCAAAAAGGGCUACCAGAGCUAUACAGGUUUACGCCACCUAUAUCCUGAGUGUGAUUCUAUAAGCUUGUACAGACAUGCCUCACCGCAAACGAGCUGAUCUCCUUAACGCCGCCACAGCUUUCUGCGAGAGCUUUGCGCAGAAAAGAUCACUCGACGAGAUCUUAAGCCAUUUCUCGUCCUCCGACGACAUAUUAGCAUACGAGCAUGGACUCAAAAAACUCGCCCCUUUCCUCGGCCGAGAAUUCCGGGGACGCGAUGGCGUGCAGGAAUACUUCAGCACCAUCUCCUCAUGUCUGAGCUACGAGGAUAUGAGCUUCGCGGACUACAUCGUUGAUGCUGUCGAGAAUCGCGUCGCGGUCCGUGGCACCGCCAAGUUCACGUGGACGGCUACGGGCGAGAGCUGGGAUGAAGUCUUUGCGUAUGCGCUUAAAUUCGAUGAUCAGCAUAAGGUUGUUAGCUAUGAGGUCUGGGCCGACUCUGGCGCUGCGUAUCUUGCGAGUAAGGGUCGUCUAAAGGAGUUAAGAAGCGAAUGAAGUAACCCACUUGUUUACGGUGGGUGCGAGAUAUGCCCAUGCUGUUCCAAGAAGUUACACUGAUAUAUCUAGUACCCUCAAGGG